AGUCCCAUUCGCCUCCAUUAAUAUUGGCGAAGAAACCUCGUUUUUGUGGCUUUUUCACGCAGUUUGCAAGUUUGGGCUAGCCGAUGCAAAGCAGAGCUAUGCAACAAAGCUUCUGUACAACGGCGGGACCCAGGAUUUGCCUUAAAUACGAAGUUAUGCACAAAUUUGUCCACCUGGCCUGACUGAGGGCAUAUACAGCCGCAAUUCGCCGGAAGUGUUGGUGGUUCUCGGAGCUGGGUUCAGACUGGCAGCAGGAGGAAAGCAAGCAAAGCAUUGGCUGUGAUGCCGCUGGGUGAUGGCUGCCUUCGGAAUCCUCAGCUACGAACACCGGCCGUUAAAGCGGCCCCGGCUGGGGCCUCCGGACGUGUAUCCACAAGAUCCCAAGCAGAAGGAGGAUGAGCUGACUGCAUUGAAUGUGAAACAAGGAUUCAAUAACCAGCCAGCUGUGUCUGGUGAUGAACACGGCAGUGCAAAAAAUGUCAACUUCAACCCCUCCAAGAUCAGUUCCAACUUCAGCAGCAUCAUCGCCGAAAAGCUGCGUUACAACACCUUUCCCGACACAGGCAAGCGUAAACCGCAAGUCAACCAGAAGGAUAAUUUCUGGCUGGUCACUGCCAGGUCGCAGAGCUUGGUCAAUAACUGGUUCACUGAUUUAGCUGGCACAAAACCACUCACGCAGCUGGCCAAAAAGGUGCCAAUUUUCAGCAAGAAGGAGGAGGUUUUUGGGUACUUGGCAAAAUUCUUGGUCCCUGUCAUGCGCUCAGCAUGGAUGAUCAAGAUGACGUGCGCUUAUCAUGCAGCCAUCACAGAAACUAAAGUCAAGAAGAGGCACGUGAUUGAUCCUUGUAUAGAAUGGACCCAGAUCAUUACGAAGUACCUGUGGGAGCAGCUCCAGAAGGUGGCCGAGUUCUACCGACAGUUCCCCAGUCAAGGCUGUAGCUCGCCGCUCCCAGCCACUCCUGCUGAUGUGGAAAUGGCCACCAAGCAGUGGGAGUACAAUGAGAAACUGGCCAUGUUCAUGUUUCAGGACGGAAUGCUGGACAGACACGAGUUCCUAACGUGGGUGCUGGAGUGUUUCGAGAAGGUCAGACCCGGCGAGGAUGAGCUCCUGAGACUCCUCCUGCCGCUUUUGCUGCAGUACUCGGGGGAAUUUGUACAGUCGGCCUACUUGUCACGCAGGCUGGCUUACUUUUGCACGCGGCGCCUUAACUUGUUGCUCAGCGACGGCAGCCUGGGCUCCAGCACGGGCGGCGGGCACCCGGCGCAUGGUAUUUUGACGCCACAAGGCAAUGUACUGCCCCCGACGCCGACCUCCCAGCCGGCUGGAGGGAACCAGCCCCAGACGCCAUUCACAGACUUCUAUAUUUGCCCCCAGCACCGGCCUUUGGUUUUUGGCCUCAGCUGCAUGUUGCAGAGUAUAAUGUUAUGUUGCCCCAGUGCUCUGGUGUGGCAUUACUCUCUAACAGACAGCAGAAACAAGACUGGCUCCCCACUGGACCUCCUGCCCAUUGCCCCCUCCAGCUUACCAAUGCCAGGGGGAAACACUGCCUUCACACAGCAGGUCCGUGUAAAGCUGAGAGAAAUUGAGGAGCAAGUUAAGGAGCGAGGCCAGGCGGUGGAGUUUCGCUGGUCGUUUGACAAGUGCCAGGAGACCACUGCAGGGUUCACUAUUGGGAGGGUGCUGCACACCCUGGAGGUUUUGGACAACCACAGCUUCGAAAAGUCCGACUUUAACAACUCGCUGGACUCCUUGUACAACAGAAUAUUUGGCUCAGGCCAGAGCAAGGAUGGUCAUGAGAUGUCGCCGGACGACGAUGCAGUGGUGACCCUGCUUUGUGAAUGGGCUGUGUGCUGCAAGCGGUCAGGUAGACAUAGAGCCAUGGUGGUGGCCAAACUGCUGGAGAAACGACAGGCAGAAAUAGAAGCAGAACGUUGCGGAGAGUCUGAGGUGGUGGAUGAGAAGGGCUCGGUGUCAUCGGGCUCCCUUUCCGCCGCCACGCUUCCAGUCUUUCAGGAUGUUCUGCUUCAGUUCCUGGAUACUCAGGCCCCUACGCUGACGGAGCCUGGCAACGAGAACGAGCGAGUGGAGUUCUCCAACCUGGUGCUGCUCUUCUGCGAGCUCAUCCGCCAUGACGUUUUCUCGCACAACAUCUACAUGUGCACGCUCAUCUCCCGUGGAGACCUGUCCUCCGACGGCCACCUGCCACGCCCACGAUCCCCCAGUGAUGAGCCCUCGGACGAGUCGGACCGCAAGGAUCAAGACGCAGGCAGCAGCAUAAAGAUGGAGGACACCGGCCUGUCAGAGUCUAUGGAAAUCGACCACAACUCAAGUGCCAAUUUUGACGAGAUGUUCUCUCCUUCGAUGCACUGCGAGUCCAAGGGCAGCCCCUCCCCAGAAAAGUCCGCACCCGAGCAGGACGUCAAGAACACCUGCAAGGACAAAAGCAUGGACCCGGCCUUCCCCCAGCUGUACGAGCAGCCCCGGCACAUUCAGUACGCCACCCACUUCCCCAUUCCUCAGGAGGAGAACACCAGCCAUGAGUGCAACCAGAGGCUUGUGGUCCUCUACGGCGUUGGAAAACUGCGAGACGAAGCCCGACACACCAUCAAGAAGAUAACCAAAGAUAUCUUGAAGGUUCUCAACCGCAAAAGCACUGCAGAAACAGGGGGUGAGGAGGGACAAAAGAGGAAGAGGAAUAAGCCAGAGGCCUUCCCCACCGCAGAAGAUAUCUUCUCCAAGUUCCAGCACCUCUCUCACUUUGACCAGCACCAGGUCACCUCACAGGUGUCCCGAAAUGUGCUGGAACAGAUCACCAGCUUUGCCUUAGGGAUGUCCUAUCACUUGCCUCUCGUACAGCACAUUCAGUUCAUCUUUGACCUCAUGGAGUACUCCCUCAACAUUAGUGGCCUCAUCGACUUUGCCAUUCAGCUUCUGAAUGAGCUGAGCCUGGUGGAAGCCGAGCUGCUGCUCAAGUCAUCAAGCCUGGUGGGGAGCUAUACCACCAGCUUAUGUCUGUGCAUCGUCGCUGUCCUGAGGAGGUACCACUCCUGCCUCAUACUCAACCCCGAGCAGACGGCGCAGGUCUUCGACGGACUUCGCAUUGUGGUGAAGUCUGGUGUGAACCCAGCAGACUGUUGUUCCGCUGAGCGCUGCAUCUUGGCCUACCUGUAUGACCUUUACACCUCGUGCAGUCACUUGAAGAACAAGUUUGGGGAAAUAUUCAGUGAGUUCUGCUCCAAAGUGAAGAACUCCAUUUACUGCAACAUCGACCCCUCGGACUCCAACAUGCUGUGGGACCCCGUGUUCAUGAUGGAGGCAAUCGCCAACCCCUCGGCGCACAACUUCAACCACUCCAUGGUGGGCAAGAUCCUCAAUGACAGCCCUGCCAAUCGCUACAGCUUCGUGUGCAACGUACUCAUGGAUGUGUGCGUGGACCACCGGGACCCUGAGAGGGUUAAUGAUAUCGGGAUCCUGUGUGCCGAGCUGACGGCGUAUUGUCGCUCCCUGAGUGCUGAGUGGCUCGGCAUCCUCAAGGCACUCUGCUGCUCCUCCAACAACGGCAACUGCGGCUUUAACGACCUGCUGUGUAACGUCGACGUUAGUGAUUUGUCCUUUCAUGAUUCCCUGGCCACCUUUGUGGCCAUUCUCAUAGCAAGACAAUGUCUUCUGCUGGAGGACCUGGUGCGCUGUGUGGCCAUUCCAUCCCUCCUCAAUGCCGCCUGCAGCGAGCAAGACUCUGAGCCAGGCGCGAGACUCACCUGCAGGAUUUUGUUGCACCUUUUCAAGACACCGCAGCGUAACCCUGUCCCCCAAGACGGCAUUAAGUCGGAUAAGUCUUCCGUCGGUAUCCGGUCGUCAUGCGACCGCCAUCUCCUGGCAGCGUCACAGAAUAGCAUCGUCGUGGGAGCAGUAUUCGCUGUCCUCAAGGCAGUCUUCAUGUUAGGUGAUGCCGAGCUGAGGGGAUCGGGACUGUCCCACUCAGCUGGCCUUGACGACCUAUCGGAGGGCCGAAACGUCUCCAUUGAAACAGCUAGCUUGGAUGUGUAUGCAAAGUAUGUCCUGAAGACCAUCUGCCAGCAGGAGUGGGUGGGGGAGCGCUGCCUCAAGUCUCUGUCUGAGGACAGCAGUGCCCUCCAGGACCCGGUGCUCGUCAACAUUCAGGCCCAAAGGCUGCUGCAGCUCAUUUGCUACCCUCACCGGCAGCUUGAUAGUGAUGACGGCGACAACCCUCAGAGGCAGCGUAUCAAACGCAUCUUACAGAAUAUGGACCAGUGGACGAUGAGGCAGUCAUCGCUGGAGCUUCAGCUGAUGAUCAAACAGAGCACAAACAAUGAGCUCUAUUCUCUGUUGGAGAAUAUAGCCAAGGCCACAAUCGAGGUGUUUCAAAAAUCAGCUGAGAUGAACUCCAAUAACCCCUCAGGAAACGGCCCCACGCUUCAAAGCGGCUCUGCGUCCAACAGCAGCAGCAGCACCAGCAAGAUGAAACCUAUUUUAAGUUCGUCAGAGCGGUCAGGUGUGUGGCUGGUGGCUCCUUUGAUUGCCAAACUUCCCACCUCAGUUCAGGGUCAUGUUCUGAAGGCAGCAGGGGAGGAGCUGGAGAAAGGACAACACCUUGGUUCAUCCUCGCGGAAGGAGAGGGAUCGCCAGAAACAGAAAAGUAUGUCAUUGCUGAGUCAGCAGCCGUUCCUGUCUUUGGUGCUGACUUGCCUGAAGGGUCAGGACGAGCAGCGGGAGGGUCUUCUCACCUCCCUUUACAGCCAAGUUCAGCAGAUAGUCACUAACUGGAGAGAGGACCAGUACCAGGAUGACUGCAAGGCCAAGCAAAUGAUGCACGAGGCCUUGAAACUGCGACUCAAUCUUGUGGGUGGUAUGUUCGACACGGUGCAGCGCAGCACCCAGCAAACCACUGAAUGGGCCGUCCUCCUGCUGGACAUCAUCAGCAGCGGAACAGUGGACAUGCAGUCCAAUAACGAGCUCUUCACAACCGUGCUGGACAUGCUGAGUGUGCUGAUUAAUGGUACGCUGGCAGCCGACAUGUCCAGCAUCUCUCAGGGCAGCAUGGAGGAGAAUAAGAGAGCUUACAUGAACCUGGUCAAGAAGCUCAGGAAAGAGCUUGGGGAUCGGCAGUCGGAGAGCUUGGAGAAGGUUCGCCAGCUGUUGCCACUACCCAAGCAAACGCGUGAUGUCAUCACGUGUGAACCUCAGGGCUCACUGAUCGACACCAAGGGUAACAAGAUCGCCGGAUUUGAGAAAGAGGGGCUUCAAGUGUCAACCAAGCAGAAGAUCUCUCCGUGGGACGUCUUCGAAGGUCUCAAACACUCGGCCCCUCUCUCGUGGGGCUGGUUCGGUACUGUGCGCAUGGACCGCAAGGUGACCAAAUUCGAGGAGCAGCAGCGCUUCCUGCUCUACCACACGCACUUGAAGCCCAAACCGCGCAGCUACUACCUGGAACCGCUCCCACUGCCUCCCGAGGAAGAGGAGCCACUGACACCCAUCUCGCAGGAGCCUGAAAAGAAGAUGAUGGAGGCGAUGAAGCCGGAGAAGAAUGUGCCAACCGUGCCCUCGGAUUCCAACAAGAAGAAGUCCAACAAGAAGAAGAAGACUCCAUCGGCCAAGACGGAGGAUUAUGUGAACCGGACACCUGGUGUGAGCUAUGGAACAAACAUGCCACCAGAGCUCAUCCAGAAUCCUUACAGCAGGUUACCCUAUGGCCAACAGAGCAUGGGGAUGUACACACAGAACCAACCUCUACCUCCUGGAGGGCCCGGUUUAGAUCCCCCCUACAGGCCUGCCCGCAACCCCCCAAUGAACAAGAUGAUGACCACACGGCCCAACUACCCGGGCAUGAUGCCGACGAUGCCGGGCAACAUGCCCGGCAUGAUGGGACUGGACAAGCAGUACCAAAUGGUCUACAAGCCUCAGCCUAACAUGCAGCAGAACCAAAUGCUGCGCCACCAGCUGCAGGUCAGAUUGAAUCACAGCAUGAUAGGGCAGCAGAUCAGACAAAUGGCACCAAACCAACCAUACACUUCAAUGCAGCCAUCUCAAAACUUAUCUCAGGGCUACACGUCAUACGGCUCACACAUGGGAAUGCAGCCGCACCCGUCCCAAGGUGGUGCCAUAGUUCCCUCCACCUAUGGGAACCAGAACUUCCAAGGCCCCCACCCAGGAGCCAACCCAGCCGUGGUGGAUCCUCUGAGGCAAAUGCAGCAGAGGCCCAGUGGUUAUGUUCACCAGCAGGCCCCGGGAUAUACACACAACAUGCAGAAUGCACAGAGGUUUAACCACCAGCCCAUCCAGCAGAAUCCCAUUAUGCACGGUCUUGGUCACAUGGGAGGACAGGGCAGCCAUCCGGGCAUGAGGCCCAAUCAGAUGCUGACAGAACAACAGCAGCAGCAACAACAACAACAGCAGCAGCAACAACAGCAGCAGCAGCAGCACCAAGCAGCAGCACAACAGCAGCAGCAGCAUUACCUCAGACAGCAAGCACUCAGACAGCAACAGCAGCAGGCCCAACAAGUUCAACAACAACAACAGCAGCAGCAACAACAACCAGUCCAGUCCCAGCAGGGCCCUCCUCAGCAGCAGGUUCCGCCGCAGCAACAGCAACAGCAGCAACAGCAGCAGCAGCAGCAGCAGCAGCAGCAACAGCAACAACAACAACAACAACAACAACAACAGCAACAACAACAGCAGCAGGGGUCAGGUGUACCUCCACCAGGGCAGCAACAGAACCAGGGCCUGGGCAUGCAGCCACUGCCUCCACAGCAACCCAUGGUACGACCCAGCACAUUCCCACGUCAGGGCAUGCAGCAGACGCAGCAGCAGCAGCAGACGGCCGCUCUGGUCAGACAACUCCAACAACAACUCUCAAAUACACAACCAGGACAGGGCACCAAUUCAUAUUACCAUUAGAGUGCAUAAUUUCUUCACAUCGCUUUUGUCACCAUCGGAAUAUGGAAAAGUCUAUGGGGGGGAAAAAUACCUGAAAGGAUAACAAUAAUGCAUUUUUUUGUAUUUUAUUUCACUUUGUACAAUUUUUUUCAGUUUUUAUGUAUUUCUCAUUAAAUAACGUGAAGUUUUUGUCUUGUAAUGUUUUUGUUUGCUACCUGUAUUCUGUAUUUAAAAAAAAAAAUGUGAAAUGAAAACUUUCAUGAUAAAAUCAAGAGAGAAGAAAAGGAUUUCUUGUCUCAACUUGCCCAGAAAAUGUUUGUAUUUUUUCUUCAUAGAAACCUUCACCUUCACAAUUAUAUAUAACUAAGCCAUAAAAUUUACCUGUUGGAUAUUUGUUUGUACACAGUAGUCACGACAUUAGGUACACCUGCACGAUACAAACAUUCUACCUUUAUCAAGCUGGUAAUUCAGUUAUGAUUGACAACUUCAGAAAGGCAUCCAGUUAAAUUUUCUGUUGCUAAUAUUUUGUCCCAUCGAGAAACAGGAUUAUUGUGAGUCAUUUACAGAUUGUCCGCUAAGAGGCGCUGUC